GCAAGGGGUGGGGGAAGGAUGUUGAAGUUGCAGCGCUUAUCUCUGCGGAUGAUGGCUCUCAAAUCCCAGCGCCUCCACAACAUUGCAGAGACGACGUCGCAGAGCGUAGCAAAAAGGGUGAGGACGAUGACCACUGAAUCCUCCAUGAAAGAUGCCUUCGCCAAAUACACCGAUUACCUCAAUGGCCUGCUGGAGGCUUUUUGUUUAACAAUGUGGGGUUUUGUGUCGCCAUUUAAUACCAUUAACAGCAAAAAGGUCAUCUUUCAGGUGCACAGAAUCAGUAAACACAACAAAGAGGAAGUUCUGCAGAAAGCAGAAAAGGAUUUAGCAACUGUGACUGAUCAGUACAUCUCCCGACUGGUUAGGGAGCUGCAAGGGACUGAUUUUUGGAAGCUAAGACGGGCAUACUCACCUGGGGUACAAGAAUAUGUUGAAGCUGCAACGUUCUGUAAAUUCUGCAGGACUGGGACUCUUUUAAACCUUGAUGAGAUGAAUGCUACUUUGUUACCACUCAGUGAUCCUUCUCUUGAGCCUUUGCAGAUCAAUGUCCUUGACUAUCUCCUCGGGCUUGCAGAUUUGACUGGAGAGCUGAUGCGGUUGGCAAUUGGUCGAAUUUCAGAUGGUGAACUUGAUUUCGCUAAGAAGAUAUGCGAGUUUGUGCGUGAAAUUUACAGGGAACUAACCCUUGUUGUCCCAUUUAUGGAUGAUAGUCAUGACAUGAAGUCGAAAAUGGAUACAAUGCUUCAGAGUGUAAUGAAGAUAGAGAAUGCUUGCUUCGGUGUUCAUGUGAGAGGAUCAGAGUCUAUGCCCCUACUUGGCUCCGACGAUCCAACUUCAUUCUUAUUCGGAGUGCCUGAUGUUGAAAUAUGAUGGAAAAAGGCUUGGAUUUCAAGGGGCAUAGAUGAUGGGGCACAUACAAUUUUUGUUCAGAAUUGUUUGCAGUUCAUCACCAUGCAGUCGCUACUCACGGUCACACAGCAGACAAGAGAUUGUGACUUUUGAGGAACAAUUCGUGUAGGUUUCCUUAUGAAAGCCUUUAUAACAAUUUUCUUCUACUUCUCUGUAAAUUGAUGAGAAAUGAGAAUUAGAUAGAGCUUGUAGUAAAACCCUGCCAAAGAUGUGUUAGACAUGAGGUUCACCUCAGAAUGUAUUGAAGAAACUGUUUUAUAUUUCUCACAUCUGUUUACAAAAUACAUUCCCUAUUUAUAUACAUGGUCAAACUCUUA